CCCUCGUGUCGCUUAGUUCCCUCCCAGCCGGGGAGCUUGCCCACCUUCCGUCCGUAAAUCUUGUUAUGAGCCGGCAAAAAUGGCCGAGUAUAUCAGUAUCCCUAUACGGCUCCAGCGCGAUCCUCACGCCGCGCCGCGCGCUCCGCUCCCGACGGCUCCACGUGGUCUCCCGCGUCCCUUUUCGCGCCCUUCGCCCGCCCGAAUUUUCACCCUUCCGCCCUCCGGCACUCACCUUUCCGUUCCUAAUUAAUCACUCCGCGCCGCCAAGACCUCCAUCUCGGGCUUUCCUCUCUUGAACCCCUUUACACCCUUUUUUCCUUAUGUGGUUUUCCUCCCAUAUAACGUUUCCGUUCUUGGAUUUCCAGAACUAAUAUCAAUCGGAAAAUUCGCGUGUCAGACGUUUCCGUUCUUGGAUUUUCAGAUCUAAUAUCAAUCGGAAAAUUUGCGUGCCAGGAAGUCCUGUUUGUCGGAACGGUAUUAUAAUCCAUUAGUUGGCGCUCACCUGGUCUAUUGGAUAUUCCUAUUUGCAAAAUUUUAAUUUUGCAUCAAUCGAAAAUUGCUCCGUGCGUUGCUUUUUAAUUCUGAGCUUGAUAAUUGUGCGUCAUGUCGGUAUCUAAACUGCCGCGGAAGUGAAUGAACAAAUUGUAGUUUGACUAUCAAGAUAAGAAAAAAAUAGUGUCUCAGACGAGCUGAUUUCAAUUGUCCCUUGUUUUUUUCCGGUUCUGAUUCGUGUCAUUCGCGACGGGCUAGUGCAUUAUCCUCGUAUGUUAACCAUUUAUCAGGUCAUCCGAUUGGAAUAGAACGCAGUUUGAAAGCGAGGAGCACUGUCCAAAAAACGAAUAAAGGAAUCAGCCUGGACACUCAGAUCGAAGGAUGUUUGUAAAUCUCUCAAUACUCCGUACGGACCACUCAUCACCUGGAUCCAUUCGGACAAUUCAGCGGGUCCACAGGAGACUCGUUAAGUGAUAUUACCUCCAAUGAUAUCCGAGUUCUAAUUUUCUCCGCGUUAAAAAAUCAUUUAUAACGCAUGAUGACGGAUUUUUGAGUGAAAUCGUCCCUCGUAACAUAAAAACCGGGUUUCUCGGUUUCGCGGUGUGAAUUUGCGAGUUUGAGCUACGUCGGAUUUUUGAGCGUUGAGCGUGAGUGGAAUUCUUCCAUAUGGUGCCUAUGGAGGAUCACUGUGCUUUGCGGGGUUGUGCGACGGAUUUCUCGAUCGCUGCCAUCAUGGCGCGCCGCGACCGGAAACGCUCGCUCAAGUCCCCACCGAGCGGAGAGUGCGAACCCGCGACCCCCAGCUCUGGAUACGAGACCACCACCGCACAUUCUGAAAAUUCAAAUUCGGGACACCAAAGGAGAAGGCGGAGUCCUCACCUGAAGCCCAAAGAUCGGGAGACCCCGCCCGAAAUCAGCUCUUCCACGUCGGGGACGGAGGACCAGAGUUCCAACUCACCGGGCCCGGGGCCCAACCCCUUGCUCCAAGAACGAUGUAAUUGUGAGGAGCUUAAACAUGUUACCUGUCACCUGGAGGGUGUAGACUUAUGGGAUAAGUUUAAUAAAUUAGGAACCGAAAUGAUCAUCACGAAAACCGGCAGGCGGAUGUUCCCGACGGUGCGAGUGACUUUCGGGAAUUUAAGGCCGGACCAGAGGUACGCGGUGGUGAUGGACAUCGUGCCAGUGGACAACAAACGGUAUAGGUACGCCUACCAUCGGUCUUCGUGGCUGGUCGCCGGCAAGGCUGAUCCUCCGGCCCCUCCUCGGCUCUACCAACAUCCUGAUUCGCCCUUCACCGGCGAGCAACUCACUAAACAAAAUGUGUCCUUCGAAAAAGUCAAACUUACCAACAACGAGAUGGAUAAACACGGACAUUUGGUGCUAAACUCAAUGCAUAAAUAUCAACCUCGUGUGCAUAUACUAAGGAGAACUGAAUCGACAAUGACUCAGCCAAUCGUUGAUUUAGAGCAAGAGGAGUACAAAACGUUUAUUUACCCAGAAACUAUAUUCACAGCGGUCACUGCGUACCAGAAUCAACUCAUCACAAAGUUGAAAAUUGACUGCAAUCCAUUCGCCAAAGGUUUUAGAGACUCUUCAAGACUGACUGAAUUUGAAAGAGAGACAAUGGAAUCGAUGCUGAACGAGCAGAACUUGCUCCGCUCGCCGCUGUUCGAGAGUAACAACCUAACGAUGGAGGACAGGGCGGUCCUGUUAGCUAGGCAACAAAUUUACUUCCGGGCAGCAGCGUCCUCGGGCCCUUACGCGGCCCUGGGGCCCCUUUGGGCCGCCGGCAACAACAGCGUCCCAUUCUGGAACCAGUGGGCCUACAUAGCGCCCUCCCUCAUCGCGGCCCAGCAUCAGUUGGCCAUGGCCUCAACUUCCUCGUCUUCUUCGUCCUUUUCACCCCCUUUGCCUCCCCCUUCGGCGCUCAAGCAACAUCGCUUCUCCCCGUAUAGCAUUCCCGUCAAAUCCGAGAGCAGGUCGCCUGUUUCGUCACCUGACAGUCUGAGAGACACGCAGGAUUCAUCUCCGCAUAGCCCCACCUAAAAUCUCUUGUUUGAGAACCAUUGUUCAUUCAUUUCUUACGUACGUCAGAGGUGUCAUCAUACAUUUUUGCCGGAGAAAAAAAAUUAAAAUUGUUUCUUGAGGAAAAUGCCUUAAAACUGACGAUGGACGCAUUGGAGAAUGUGAAAAGUACACGCUUACUUCCAUAAUCUGCGCAAAAACUUGCGCAGAUUUGGACAUAUAUGUAUUUCUACCGAAUGGAUCUAUGUGCAUAAUGACGUGAGCCCUGUUAUGCAUAUAUUCGUAUGGGUCUCAGGGCUCAUGCCUAAAUGCACUUAGCUCCGUUUGGCAGAAAUACGUCCAUUUCAGCUUACACUUCAAAAAGUGCACUACGACAAAGACAACUUGAAACUGAUGAAUUAACUUGAUUUUACAUCUCCAUACACAAAACUAGAAAUGGUCGUCGUCGUCAUAUGAGAUAGUUCCUUGCAUAAGGAGAAACUAAACAAGGACCUCUUUCUUCUGCAGCCUAAUUUGAAACACAGAGAAAAGAGGAUGUCGGCUAAAAAUGGCGUAUGCUCCUUGGUUGUUUCAAAACUGUGACACAUGAUGAAGGUCAUUUUUAUAGCUUAACGUGGAGUUAUGGAAUCUGGGUUGCUCAUCUUUAUAAAAGUAUGCCUUUCCCGUUUUAUACUUUUUGGAGUGAGAAGCUCUGAAAUACACAAAAUUUACAUGCAGAUUUUAAAAUCAGGAGAAUAUUUCAGACCCUCCAACCGAUGCGUUUUUUAAAGAUAUUUUUCUGAGGAAACAUUUCCUCCUUCAAAAGGUUGCAGAAGAUCCAUCGGGGAAAAUAGAGAGGCGAGGAUUGGACAUUUGAAUUUUUUAAUUUUCGGGGAGUAAUUUUGGUCGAUGUUAAGGCAAAUUUGAAAAUUUUGGGGGAUCCCCUCUGAGCGCAUUUUGCGAUCUUUCAACAAGUAUCCCCAUCUCUAAAAUUAGACUACUUUGAUACCCCUGACGUAAGAUUAUAGUUUUUAUUCCACUGACUUCGUACCAAAGGUUAAUCUAGAACAAUCCAUUUUGCACUUUGGAAAGGAAAGUCCAUUGUUUCGUCAUCUCAUGAGCUGGGAGGUAAAUUAAUUGCAAUAAAGUAACUAAAGAUUCUCUCAGGCCGCAUGUUCAUUUCUAAAAAAAAUUGAGCCUCUAUCUAAUGCAAGAUGAUGUAUUCAAAAAGGAAACAUAAUCGAUAACUUACAUUUGUAUAACUGUCAAUUAAUUCAUUCUUUAUCAAUAUUUAUCCGGCUCAAUGCCAUUAAAGUGAAAGGUUUUGGUUUUUAAUGAGAAAUACGACCCGAUUUGAUGUUUUAAAAUUCACCCUAAGAAUUGUAUUGGUCAAUACUUUUAAGUAAAAUUUCGAAGGGAUUAUUCUUGAUUUGAAAGGACAGUAUCACGGUGUUUACAACACUCAUUUUCUGAUUCAGCCAUCUAUUUUUUAAUGAACGGAAUCAGCCUUUUAUCGAUUUAUGCAAAUUCAUAUCCUUUAACUAGCAUUUGUAUUUUUUCAUUCAUUCGCUACUCAGGUGAAAAAUAUGCGAGACAAAAUAUUCAUUAGUAAGGCAGUGCCCUUUUCUUACCUUUGUCGUCCUUAUUAUCCCUAAUGGUUUUUGUUGAUGUUCAUAAGCGAGGAACAAUGAAAGAUUAAAUGAAUUUUCUGAGAUAGGGUCUGUAAAGAAGCACGCUGAAAUAUUGACGUAUGAUUUUACUUGUGAGUAAACCAAAUAAAAAAAGGAAUACGAUGCAAUAACUGCAUUAUUUUUAGUUUAAAUCAACUUGAACUUGAAUUGUGAAUCAAGUGCAGAGGAAGCAAAGUUAAUUCCAGAUCAGGAAUUUUUAAUGAUUAGUAUACUCAGAAAAUUAUUUUGCCAUGUUAAAAAUGUAAUUAUUCAUAUUUAAUUAUUAUUAUCGUCGCAAACCGUCGUUCCUGAAACGCAAGGAUGUAUCUCUUUUUCCAUAUGAGCUCCAUCAAGCAUAUAGUUUUACGAGGAUCAGGGCUCGCGUUAAAACUGAGAUAACCCCUUACGUCAGAGGAGUAACGAAACGUCAUAAUUCUGCUUCUCUCGUCCAAUUUGUUUUUAAUGAAGAUGAAGAAUUAAUAGCUGAUGGUUGGUCAGGUGUUGGGUUUACAUUGGAUGCAAAAUUUAGACUUUUUUCACAAAAAAUCAAUCAUACAUAGAAAAAAAAAACAGUUGUGAUUUCUAAUCGAAAACAGUUUUACACGUUUCCUAUUAAGAACAGUAAAAAUCCCUCUUCAAUUUAUCAGAGGCGUCAGUAAUUGCUCCAAUUAUUUUACGUUCAAAAUUUAUCGUGUCUUUGUAUCCUGAGGAAAAAUUAAGUGUUUUAGAGAAAAAUUAGGUUUCAUUCAAAUCAAAUAUUCAAUAAGUAAAGUGUUUGUAUACGGACUCAAAGGAAGCAAGAGUACUUUAACGAUAUUGAAGCAGUUUCAAAAGAGUGCGAGGGUCAAAAUGCACUGAACUAUUGGUCCCUUGCCAACGGUGAUGAGCAAAUUUUGCUCGUCAUGAGCAUGAAAUAUCAAAUUAAAUACUUUCUUAGAGAGGAUAAGUUCCCUCAUCUAUUUUGAUUUAUGUAUCAUAGUCAUGUAGAAAUCUUUCCUUGUGAUAUAAAUUUUAAAUCCUAUAUACAUAUUAUAAUGAAGUUGCAAACUAUACCAAAAACUGUAAUUUUAAGUGAACCUGAAACUGUAUUAUUUGUAAUUUAUUGUAUGGAAUAUAGUAAUUUUAAUCGCAAUGUC